CUGUGGUUUUAUGCAAAAUCGCCGCUGACGUCACUCGAAAGACGAUACUCGGAUGACGUCGCAGACCUGUCCGGGGCCGGUGACGUCUCUCUCGCGCGGUGCGACAGCUGGAGGGAGCGUGGAGCAAGAGCACGCACGGCACCGCAUCGGAUCGCGGCACGGAUCAUGAUGCGCGCUUCGUUAUCGUGAUCGUUGUCAAGCUCGACGGAUCUGAUGGAGGGAGCCGCGGCGAGCUCGUCCGCGCUGUCGGAGGACUCGGACUCGGUGCUCGGCGCUGGCUUCGGGUUUGAGGCUGCAGAUCUCGACGCUGGUUUAAAGAAGACCUUCAUAACAGAGAUGCCGUCGUCAUCCUGCCAUUCCGGUUCUGGUCCAGAGAAGAAGAUCGGUCACAGGAGAGUAGAUGCGACCGGUGAGACCACUUACAAGAAGACGACCUCGUCCGCUCUGAAAGGAGCCAUUCAGCUCGGCAUCGGCUACACCGUGGGAAACCUGAGCUCCAAACCCGAGAGAGAUGUUCUCAUGCAGGACUUCUACUUGGUGGAGAGCAUUUUCUUCCCGAGUGAGGGCAGUAAUCUAACCCCAGCGCAUCACUAUCCAGACUUCAGAUUUAAGACGUAUGCUCCGGUGGCAUUCCGAUACUUCAGAGAACUCUUCGGGAUUCGACCGGAUGACUAUCUGUAUUCUCUGUGUAAUGAACCUCUGAUCGAGCUUUCAAACCCCGGUGCCAGCGGCUCUAUUUUUUACGUCACGCGGGACGAUGAGUUUAUCCUGAAAACCGUUAUGCAUAAAGAAGCUGAAUUUCUGCAGAAACUGCUGCCUGGAUACUACAUGAACCUGAACCAGAAUCCUCGCACCCUGCUGCCUAAAUUCUUUGGUUUGUACUGCGUUCAGUCGGGCGGGAAGAACAUUCGUAUCGUGGUGAUGAACAAUGUUCUGCCUCGUGUCUUCCGCAUGCACCUUAAGUUUGAUCUGAAGGGCUCCACACACAAGCGGCGAGCUUCUAAGAAAGAACGCGAAAAAUCCAAACCCACAUUCAAAGAUCUGGACUUCAUGCAGGAGGUUCAGGACGGUCUUCUGCUGGAUGUGGACACGUGCAAUGCCCUGGUGAAAACACUACAGAGAGACUGUCUGGUGUUGGAGAGUUUUAAGAUCAUGGAUUACAGUUUGCUGUUGGGGGUUCAUAAUCUGGACCAGGCAGAGCGUGAGCGGCAGGUGGAGGGAUCGCAGAGCAGCGGUGAUGAGAAGCGACCCGCCGCUCAGCGAGCGCUUUACUCCACAGCUAUGGAAUCUAUACUGGGCGGAGCUGCGUGCGGAGACUCUAUAGACACCGAUGACACAAUGGGUGGCAUUCCUGCUGUGAGUGGUAAAGGAGAGAGACUUCUGCUUUUCAUUGGCAUAAUUGACAUCCUGCAGUCCUACAGAUUGAUCAAGAAGUUCGAGCACACAUGGAAAGCUCUGGUUCAUGAUGGGGACACGGUUUCUGUUCACCGGCCGAACUUCUACGCUGAUCGUUUCUUUAGAUUCAUGAGCAGCACUGUGUUUAAGAAGAGCACAUCACUGAAAGCAUCUCCUGCUAAGAAGGGCCGCGCGGCACUGACGGUGCCCAAAUUCAGCGGCCCCGGUCCGGCCUGGUCUGCCAGUCAGCUGCCGUCAGAGAGAGAUGAGAACGCAUAUGAUCUGAGAGGAGCUCGAAGCUUUCCUGUGCUGGAAAACGAUGGUCUGCCGUCUUGCACCCCUCCAUCAUUUGAAGAAGCGACCACAGUGUCGGUAGCCACCACACUGUCCUCUAACAACUCUAUAUCUAUACCUGAACGCUCUCCAUCAGACACCACAGAGCACCCACGCUACAGGAGGUACACGAUGUCUUCUGUGAAAGACGCUGAGGGAAGGACACAGGAGGUGGUUGAUGUUCAUGAGGAGGUUCAACAGACCAUCACUGUACAGGUGGAGGUGAAGAGAGAGAGAGACAUUGAGGAACCGGAGGACGAAUCUCCUGACACCAAAGUGGAUGUCCCGACUCCAGCACCAGAGACUGAUGUUACUGACAACCUCCGACUAGAAACAACUCCUCCAACACACAUACCAUCAGCAUCAGUUACCCAGGCAACACUUCCUGAGGACACACAUACCCGAUCGACAACUCCCGUCAACACGACUGCAUCGCAGGAUCAGACGUCAGUGCAGUCCUGUACCUGUCCAGACCCGACGGCACAGAUCUCACAGUCUCACAGCCGUGAAUCACUGGAGGAGGAACUCGCACACUCAUCUGACAUCUGCUUCGUAAGUCUGAGACUGAACUGAGAGACGUGUGCUUUGUGUUUGAUUCUUUGUUUUUGUUUUUUGAGCGGAUGAUGGACAGGAUUGUAUGAUUGCGAUGAUUUGUGUCAGGUAUCAGCACACAUACAGGAGGACUAACAGGACUAAAGUCACAUUUUAUAAAAUGAAAAAAAAAAAAAAAACAAGAAAAGGAAUCUCAAUCAUUUGGACUCAGUUUGUAGAAAUGUGAAGUUUUCCCAUUUACACACACUCACAGUGAUGCAAACAUUAAGUACACACAGACACUCACACACACACACAUUUACACGUGCCUGUGAUGUUUUCCUCUGUUCAUCUCUGUCAGGGGUGUGAGGGAAGAACCCAAUUGCAGGCAGCGGUUAAGGGGUUAACAAACAAGGAUUUAUUAAACAAAACACAAAACAAAGACCCAUGGGUGGGUAAAACAACUAUAACAAGGGGAUAAUACACAGAUAACUCAGGAACGUAAACUAACUAACACUGGACUAAAACAACACUUGACAAAACUUACACUAGACUAGACUUGAAUAACUCACAGGCAGGAACAAGACAUAACGUCGCAUGAUGCAUGGAGCAAGACAAACGAAUCGUACAAAUCGAGCAGAUCAAACGAAUUGUGCAAAUUGAGCAGAUCAAACAAUUGGUACAACUGAUACAAAACAAACAAGCACAGGACAGAAGACACAAGGGCAUAAUAUAGGGGAACUAACAAAGGAUAAUUAACAAGGGACAGGUGUCUGGGAUGAAACACUAAUGGAAAGCUAAACGAGAGGGGCGGGGCCAAAGACGAGACCAUAGAGAACGCACAUUAUGUCGUAACAGACAAUAAUGUGCUUCUCUCCACACCAAACAAGAGGUUCUGCCAUGAUCCUGCCACAAGACCAAGAAAGACAUGACAUGAUGAGGCAGAAUGUCAUGUCCUCACAGCUGGAGAAAAUCUGACUCAUCACUUUAUUGUGUGUUCUUACAAUAUUGCCAAAGCGUUAAACAUAUAACAAAAAGACAUACAGUACAAUCAGUACAAACAUUACCCUGAAAUUAAAAUUAGGUGCUAAGUAAAAGAUACCAUAUAGAAUGAAUCAUAAAAUAAACUAUAUGUAAAUAAACAAGUUGACUGAAAUAUAAACAAAAUGUACAUUUGUUCUCUCUCUCUCUCUUUUGUGUUUACAUACAGUAUCACAUGUUUAAAAUCAAGGAUUUGAUCAUAUCUGUUCUUUAUGAUCGUCUUCUGUAAACAAUCCUUUUAUUACAUCUUUAAAGAUUUAGCAUCAACAUGAAAUGUUGUAUUUAAACCCCAUAAUGUGACACAUUUCUGAUGAUAAAACGGUCGUGAUUCUUGAUGUUGAUUGGUCAAUGCAGUAUUGUGCUAGAAUCAGUAUAUAGUCAAGUUUGCUUUAUUGCUUUUAUUGCUUUAUUCACUAAUGCUUUAUUGCUUUAGUGAAACAGGAUUCAGAAAUGUGAGUUUCCUCUAUCAGGAAUGAAGCUAAUGUGGGGCUGAAUAUAAGAAGAACUGGUGAUGUUGGAGUAAAAAAAUCACAAACGUUCUCUUUUUGCUCAUCUUCUCUCUUGAUUUACUUUCAUUAAAUAUCAUCACACUUUUUUCUGGUACUUUCCCUUCUAUUCUGUGUGUGUGUCAGUAUGCUGAAGGCAGAUAUUGGCUGUAUUCUCCUGUUCUUCAGAGAAGAGCGCUGAGCUCCUGCAGUGUUGUAAGUGAAGUGUGUGUGUGUCUCCCUCUCUCUCUCUCUCUGUUUUCUGGGUUCUUCACUGCAGAGUCUCCCAACCUGACUUCACAGUCACAGAUGAGCUGUAUUGACACUCAGUUGAGGUCUCCGUUAUGUUUUACUGAAGAAGCUGAUUAGCCUGGCAUGUUUCUCUGAUGUACUGCUUUUAAAAAAGAAUUGAACGUUCACAUAAAUGUUCACACUGACACUUUUUUAAAUGCAGACUGGCGUCUUUCUUACUCUGAGCACAGUUUGAGACAUAGUUGAGAUCUCUAUUUCAAAUA